CCGUGCCGCCAUGACAGCGUUGUCGACAGCUGGCCCAAGGCGACGUCACAUUAAUUAAGAUACUUUCUAAAUUCCCGCUCUUAAAAUGAGCUCGGGUUCAACUUGUGCCGUUGUGGGUUGCCACAACAACUCAAGGAAGUUGAAGUUUUGGUCAGAAACGUCUUGCUUCGUUCAUAAACGGCUCCGACAGACGUGUCCGUGUCCCGCGCCCUACGCCUUGCACUCCAUGCCGAGGAAGGGGGAACGCGGAGCGGCGUGGCUUGCGGCUUUGAGACUGAAACGCCCUCCGAGGAGAGUGUACGUCUGCUCCUUCCACUUUGUUCAUAAAAAGCCCACGGAUCUGCACCCCGACCCGGAGCUCUACCUGGGCUACGACCGGAGGGGAGAGCUAGUCCGUGCGACUCUGACUGAAACGGCUAACGUCAAUUCCAGCAGCAGCGUUGAUGAAGACGUUGAAGAUGGGCCUCACUGCUCAGUGGACUACCCCUCGACUGUCUCAGACCAGACCGGCCUCUCAAGUUCUGCAACACCUCCUGACCCACGGCUGCGCUCACGCCAUACACAGUGGGAGGACCCUGCACGACAAGGUCACGAUCGCAGCCAGAGAGCCAGCAGAGAAGAUGUGCAGCAUAAGACGACUCCGUGUGACGAGAGUGGCUGCUUUAUGCUCCAAAGUGACGCAGAUGCUUUGCUCUACACCGGCGUAGCCCUGGAAACCUUUAACAUGCUUGUGUCAACACUAGAAGGACAUGCUAGUAAUUCAUUUACAAUGUCUGUGCGAGAUCAAGUGCUCAUGACACUUGUGAAACUAAAGACAAACCAUGUAAUAGGUGCUCUGAGCAGGCAGUUUCGUGUAUCGCAGAGCAUGGCUGGCAAGAUAAUCUCCUAUUGGAUUGACAAACUGGAGGAAGUUUUGCGACCUCUAAUUCCGUGGCUUCCAAGAGAAACUGUUCGGGCAACCAUGCCUGCAGCAUUUAAGAUGCACUUUUCUAAUACAACAUGCAUUGUAGACUGCAGUGAGAGCCUUUUACAAAAACCCCAAAAGCUUGAUUCAAGAGGGGAAUCAUACAGCCAUUAUUGCCAUUAUUAUUCACAUAACACUGUGAAAUACCUGGUAGCUAUUGCGCCGUGUGGACUAAUCGUGUUCGUUUCUGCAGCAUAUGGAGGGCGAUGCAGUGACAAAUUCAUCACCAUGGACUCAGGAAUAUUGGACUACUUAAUGCCUGAAGAUGAGGUCAUGGCAGAUAGAGGCUUUACCAUAAAUAACUUGCUGUUUGAGAGAAAGGUGAAAUUGGUAAUGCCUUUUACAAAAAAACGUGGACAGCUCACUGAGGAUCAGGUGACAAGCACUAGACGAAUUGCACAUGUGAGAAUUCAUGUUGAAAGAGCAAUCCGGCGUUUGAAAGUUUACAAAAUACUGUCACAGGUUGUCCCUAUUACCAUGGCUCCUAAAAUAGACAAGAUUCUAAGAGUAUGCGCUGCUCUUGUCAAUUUAAGCAGCCCGGUAUCACGAGAUUUCGUGUCAUAGUCACGAAAUUUAA